AUGGGGGAGCAGUUAGGAUUGCUAAAAGUUACAGUUUUGCAAGGGAAAAGAUUGGUUAUCAGGGAUUUCAAGACUAGUGAUCCUUAUGUAGUAGUCAAGCUGGGAAAUCAGACAGCAAAGACCAAGGUUAUCAAUAGCUGUCUUAAUCCAGUGUGGAACGAAGAGCUAAGUUUCUUACUUAGAGAACCUGUUGGAGUUCUCAGUUUGGAAGUGUUUGAUAAAGACCGUUUCAAGGCAGAUGACAAGAUGGGACAUGCUCACCUCAACCUCCAACCAAUUGCAUCUGCUGCUAGACUGAAGCAGUUUGUGAAGGUUUCUUCAGGCGAGACAGUUUUAAGGAAGGUUGUUCCUGAUACCGAAAAUUGUCUUGCUCGCGAAAGCUCAAUUAGUUGCAUAAACGGUGAAGUGGUGCAGAGUGUUUGGUUGAGGCUCUGUGCAGUUGAGUCGGGGGAGAUAGAACUAAAGAUUAAGUUAAUUGAUCCUUCUGUUGCAUCGUCAAGGUAG